UUGCAUAAAUAAGGUCCGAAAUACACAACGCUUAACGUGACGCGAAAAGUUUGUUUUGAAUACGCAUCAAAAUGUCUUUAGCUUGCCAUCUCCGCGUACUUCCGCUGGAUUUUAUGCUUAUGAGCUAGCUAUUAUGACGCUGUGAUUGUACGUCCGAUCGCUUAACUCGCAGAAGUGAUCAAAAUCGUCAGUUCCCAGCGGCAGAGAAGAUGACAACUCGUAACAUACUGCCCUCGUGAGAUGCUAAGACUGUGGACAAUAUGUCUGGGCAAAGAAAAUGGAACCAGAAAUCCUAGCCGUCAUUCCAAGUCACUGCGGAUGGAGCGUGGUUACUUUCAUGUUGAAAACCAGGCUCAGCGGUCUCAGUCAUUUAGUGUCGCUGCUGGCCGAAGCAUUAAGCCUAUACCACUCCACCCGGCGCCGGCAGAGCUUGAGAGAAAACACUCACAAAAUGUGCGGAGGCGACCAACAGGCUUGUUCAGGUCCAAACCUGCUGUCAAAAUUCCAAGAGUUGAAAGCACCCUCAAUAUGUUCACAAGGCUACAGUCAGCCCUGGGGGAGUGUGCAAAGUACCUUCAGGGCGCUCUGAAUAGUGUGGAACCAAAGAGAAAGCGGCUUGUGGAGCAGAGAAUAAGGUUACUAGAAUCAAGACUUCAUGAGAUGGAUGACUUGUUUCAGCUUUAUUUGUAUGAACAAAAGAUAAGAGAAGGAUCCAAGAAUCUAAUGGAUGCUCUAGUGGACCAGGGUUCAAAAGAAGGGCUUGCCAAAUGCAAGACAAGUUUUAAAGAGUGUACUGAGAGGUUAUGUUCUUUAGAAGAGGAACUUGAGAGCAAGCUGGGAAUUUUCAGAUUUAAAAUUGAAGGUCUUGUGGGUUUUGGACGUCUCUGCAGUGGGGACACGUACGAUGUCUUCAUCAAGCAUGGUUUCUCCUUCAAAUGGAAGUCUCGUUGCAAAGUAGAUCGAGAGGGUCAAAAGUGGAUUGAUGGAGAGUUUACCCUUCCUCCUGGUAUUAAUGAUGAGUUAUCUAUGCGUGUUAUUGAAAUGCGUAAAAUCCAAGCAAAUGUGUCUGUCGGUAGCGUAGUGCUGAAGUCGCGGAACUACAUAAAGGCUAGGCCUCAGUCUUUCUCGGUUCCUCUGAACAGAACAGGUUCCAUGAAGCUGAAACUAACAGUUGAAUGGAGACCUUUCUCAGGAACUGCUGGCGAGAACACGCUAAGGUCCAAGAGACCACAGAGUUUGCUCUCUGAAGUGAUUUUUGUCCCAGGAAGCCCAAAUCAGGACUCGCAAAUGUCAGUGUCUACCAGCCCUGCACAUAGUGCCAACAGUGAUAGACAACAUAACAGUAAUGAAGGUCUAGACGAAGAGGAAGGAGCAAGCUAUAAGAUGUCGCCAGCAGAGCGGCAUGUACCAGUUGCCAUUAUCGAGGAGGUCCCACCUGUUUUUGAGAGAAAUUAUUCCUUUGAUAAUAGCAUUCCUGAGGAGCCUGAGGAGUUCCGGCAUUCAACAUCCUUGGACCGCGCCCUUCAGCAUCUUAUUCCUACAUUCCAGACAUAUAAAGAUCAGUUUAAUGAAUUUAAUUUAAUGAUUAGACAACUGGAAAAGAUCGAGGAACUGUUGAAGAAGUGCAGUCUGUCUCGCUCCUCCAUCUCCAUAUCAGUAGAGAGCGCACUGGAAAGCUUCGACUUCCUGGCGGAAGAUGCUGAAGACACAGAUUCCAUCCCUCGCAGCCUAAAAAGCGACAGCAGUUGGCACCAGGACACCGGCUACAACAGCACGGAUGAUUUUGGCCGUGAUAGUGGCGAGGAGCUUGGGAUUAAGGCUAUUGCAUCGCCCUUGCGGAAGAACCAGUUUAUGCAAGAAACUAUUGUUGAGGCGUCGGAAACCGCCUCUUCUAGUGCGGAAAGUAAAAUUGAACGUACUUUUGAUACAUCGUUUAAGAAAGCAGCAAAAGUUGAGACUUCUUUUGGGGAAGACGGAGUUGUUGAGACGUCUUUUAGAGAAGAAGCUAACGUUGAUACUUCAUUUAGAGACACGGCGAAUAAAGAAACGUCCUUUAAAAAAACUGACAAUACCUGUGUUGAGACUUCUUUCGGUGCUGAGGAAAAACCCGAGAUAACUCCAAAACUCGAGGCAGCCCAGGGAGCGACGGAAAUGGCGAGUGAAGAGACUUCUUUCAAAGAACCUGACAGUACUUGUGUUGAGACUUCUUUCGGUGAUGAGGAAAAACCUGAGAUAACCCCUAAACUGGAAGCAGCCCAGGGAGCAAAUCAAAGCGUUGAAGCAGGUCUUGCCCAAGGAGGGAAGAAAGUCAACUCGGGUGCACAGGGUGUGAGUGAUGCAGGUGCCCGCGAAAGUGACGAGGGUGCUGCUGAUAGGAAGAACAUGGAGGAUGUGGCAAAGAUGUCACGGUCGACCAGUCCCAACCUAUCAUCCACGUGCAGUAGUCAUGACGUCACCGUCGGUAACAAAGCCUUGGAUAAGGUCAUUCUUGCUCAUCUGAAGCUGUGUGAAGAGCUUACAGGGUUUCUCGGUUCAUUUGGUCCUAUGAAGUAUAAGGAAAUGUCCGCGCUGACCAAGCUACGACACCAGGCGCGCGUGUUAGAGCUUCUGAUCGAUCUAGCUUUGCACCAUGAUCAUACGGAGGAAAUACCGCUAGAAAAGGCAUGUCCUGGUCUUUUCUCGAAUGUUCUCGUCUGCUCCAUUUGGCAAGGCAGUUGCAAGUCUAGCCCCCUGUACGUGGUUGCUAAGGACCUGAAGACUUCACUCGAGGAAAGGUUCGACUCGCAAAUAAAGCAAAGCUACAACAGGGUCGCUCAUAGUGUUUUCCCAACCAUCAUCUGCCGGAUAUUGCAUCAAGACCCGGAUCUAAUGGACGCUCACCUAGAAGAAGAUGACGUCAUUUCCGUCUACCAAUAUGAGAACUUCUUACUUGACCAUUCAAGGCAUCACUUGUCCAAAUAUAUCGACGAAGUAGCAUAUGAAUUGCUUAUAAGCAGACGUCUGCUUUCCCCGGAGAAGGAGGCCGUUCUAGCGCAGCUCAAGCAGUACGGAGAGGUGCCGCUGACCAGGAUCUGUUUCUCGGCCGUGCUCUCCUUGCUCGUUGAUAAGGACAGGCACCUCGUGCAAGCAGCAGAGUCGUUCCUGUGCAGUUUGAUGAAGGAUAGCGACGCAAGGCGAAAGGCGGUUACCCUAGCAACCGAGGCGAUGGAAGAAAGCGAUGACCGUUUACGAGAAGGCGCGUGUCUGGCGCUAACAGUCCUUCAGGUCCGUGAUUGCAUCGCGCAGCUACUCUACCUAAGCAGAUGCGAUGUCCCGAAUGUCAAGGCUGCAGCCAAGAAGGCGUUAGCUGCAUUCGGUGAGGAGGGUGCAGGGGCCAUGAAGCAGGCGCCAUUUUCCUCGAAUGCUGGGCUCGAAGGUCUUCUCUACUAAGCAAUCCACGCAUUCCUAUUCCAUUCCACGGUUUUCCCUCCCAGGACCAAGAAAUCCGACUCAUAAAGCAGUUGAAAGGGAAUUCGGGGAUUUCAGAAACCUAAGAAAUUUAUUUAAGAGAUGCUCAGAAUUAUUUACUUUUCGCUUAGAAUUAUCAGAGAAAUACGACUAUAAGCGAUACCGAUUGUAUUGGAUUCGUUAUUGCCUUGGCGAAAUAAGCCAAAGAUGUAUUGCUAUUAUUAAGAGAUUAUAUAAAAACGUACAGAAUUUUUAUGUCUUAAAUGAUUUUUAAUUAAAGGAUGUGAUAUUG